GCGCAUCCGAGUCUCUCAUUUGUUAAUAGUAAGGAUAGGGAGACACAAUUAAGUGUCAGAAGAUGCCGUCUUAUAUUCCAAAGUUUGAAUGUCUUCUUGGAAAGCAGAUUGUUAAACUUGAGCUUCCUGUUGGUACCUCUUUAUAUGGCACUGGGGAGGUUAGUGGACAACUUGAGCGGACAGGAAAAAGAGUUUUUACUUGGAACAUGGAUGCGUGGGGAUAUGGUUCUGGAACUACGUCAUUGUACCAGUCGCAUCCAUGGGUGCUAGCUGUUCUACCUUCCGGAGAGGCAUUAGGAGUUCUUGCAGAUACCACAAAGCGAUGUGAGAUUGAUUUAAGAAGAGAAUCAAUGAUACAUUUCAUUGCUCCAUCCUCUUAUCCGAUCAUUACUUUUGGGCCAUUUGCUUCACCAAGUGCUGUUUUAAUAGCUCUAUCACAUGCAAUUGUUUUGGUUCUGAACUCUGUGCAUUAUGAUUUCAAUAAUCCACAAUUUGGAAAUUCACAAGCUCCAAAAUACUCAAAAGAGCGAAGGAGGAAUCCUAGAAGGCAAGAGAGGAAUUUGAACAAGCCAAUGAGAAGCUCAAGUGGGUGA